AUGUCUGCUAACGUCGAAUCUAACGCCGAUGUAGGUGAUGCGCAGAAGACAGCCGCUUCCAAAAAAUCGGCCGCCGGUGGCAAGAAAAAGUCAGCGGCCGCCGCAAGUACAAAAAAAGUCGUAGAACAUCCGUCUUACAACGAAAUGGUUCGCCAGGCUCUCGUCGCUCUCAAAGAACGCGGCGGAUCGUCCAGGCAGGCCAUACUCAAGUACCUCAUGGCAAACUUCAAGGUCGGAAGCGACGAACACUCCGUCAACACCCACCUCAAAGUAGCCCUGAGGAAUGGCGUCAAGUCGGAAACGCUAAAGCAGUCGAAAGGAUCUGGAGCCUCAGGCAGUUUCCGCCUCGGUGCCGCCAAAGAUACCAACAAAAAUGUCGCCAAGCCGAAAAAAGACGCUGUCGCCAUAAAAACCAAAGCGGCUGCCUCGCCAAAAAAAGUUACAAAAGUGGCGUCGCUACCGGAAGCGACAAACAAACGUCAAAAGUCUGUUGCAAAAAAGGCGGCUCCGGCUAAAAAGGCAACGGCAUCUAGCAGCACGAAGAAGCCAGUCGAAAAGACUUCCAGUGUCAAGAAAGCCGUAAAGAAACCGCCUGCGGCCGCCAAAAAGAUCGCUUCUCCAAAGAAACCGGCUACAAUACGCUCCUCAAUGAAUUUUGAAAACAGAUGGGUCUUGAGAUCCGCUCUGAACUUCGCAAGCGAUGGAGAAAUAGUUAGAGAAGUAGGCAGAGAGUUCCAGAGAAAAGGACCAGAAAAAGCAAAAGCAGAUUUGGCAAAAGAGUGUUUAACACGAGUUAAGAAAAAGCGAGAAGAAGAAGACGAUCGUAAACCGGGGCGUUUAGGUUCAAUUAAUAUAUCUGAUAAGUACUUAGGAAAUAAUUUAGAUUGA